AUGGACAGCACCAGCGCUUGCUUUACACCAGAUGAAUUGAUCAUCUUUUCUGAUCUCGAUGAAAAGAUCCGGGAUCAUCAUGCUAUCGACAUCUUGGCCCAUCUACCUAGCGCCCAUUAUAAUGCUACAACCUUCAAGAUGUGGGAAGAAUAUCUAGCCCAAAAAGAAAUGCAAGCGAACGGUGUAUUAGACACUGAAGCACAGGUAAAGCACAUAAAUGGAUGGGCGCUGGACAAGUUCAAAUUCUUACCUAUGAUGGAAAGAGCUUGGGCCAUGAAACCGAAUAGAGACUUCUACGUCUUUUACGAAACAGACACUUAUAUUUUCUGGGACAACCUCUUCCGGUUUCUUCAAACAUACAACCCAGAUGCGAACGUUUACAUUGGCUCGCCAUCUCCUGGGCGCCGUGAUCCCAAACGGGGAGACCAAGGCACCCUCUUCGCUAACGGGGGUCCUGGAUAUGUGAUCAGUCGAGGCGCUAUGAAGACCUUGUUACAGCGCACUACUGGUCCAUUUGGACAGUAUACCGACGACCCGCUGUCCGUAAAAUUCAGCUAUCUAAAUCAUGAUGAUGAGUGCUGUGGCGAUAGCGUUCUGGGUGAUUAUGGCCUUCAUGAUAUUCCCUUCAAUGAUCAGCAUUGGUGCCAGCCGCUCAUCACUCUGCACAAAACACCACCAAAAGAUAUGGUUGAUUUGUUCAGCUGGGAGUUUAGCCAGCGGAAAUCCCAGCGCCCAUUGCUAUAUACAGAUAUAUGGGAAUUUCACAAACCGGGCACUGUUCCAUCGCGUGAGAACUGGGAUGGCGGCCGCUUUGAUGCGUUUGAGCCACCCGCUGAGGUUAUAAUUGAUUCAUCUGAGCAGUGUGGCCGUGCUUGUAGCGAUGACGUGGGCUGUUUACAAUGGAAAUGGGAAGGGAGAGACCGGAAAAGGUGUACUCUUUUACGGUCAUUACAACACGGAAGGGCACGGAAGGCGGAGAAGGAAGACGGAGAUAAAGAAGGCUGGGUUGAUUAUACAUCAGGCUGGGUAGAAGAGCAUAUAACGGAAUGGAGAAAAAGACAAGACUGUGGUAUUGUUAAGUGGGUUGGGGCAAGUGUAGAAAGGAAAUUUUAA